UCCUCCUCCUCCUCCUCUCGCUGACCAGUGCCGGGGUGAUGUCCGAAUCGGCCCUCGGGCCCCGUCCGGAGCCCCCCGAGUUCAUGCUGGACCUCUACCGGGCGGUGGCCGGGGACGAUGGGACCCCCAAGGGACACGCAAGCCUCCCACUAGGAAACACCGUCCGGAGCUUCCUGCACAAGAGGCAUGGCAGUGUCCCGGGGGGUCAGCUCUUGUUUGUCCUGUCCGGCCAGGCCAGGAAGGAGCGGGUCUUGACCGCCGAGCUCCACCUCUUCAAGCUCCGGCCGCUGGACGGGCCUCACCCACGCAGGCACCACGUCCAACAGGUGAGCGUGUACCAGGUGGAGGGCCGGUCAAGGAAGAAGCUGCUCUGCUCCCGCCUCCUCUCCCUGCUGGGCUCCGGAUGGGAGGUCUUCUCUGUCACUCAAGCGGUGCGGGACUGGACGUCGGAGGAGGUGGACAUGGGCCUGGCGGUGGCCAUCGAGGGGGGGUCGCUGGACGCCGACCCCACCCCGGGGGUCCGCUUUGCCUCCGGGCGGGACCACCACCCCGGCCGCAAGCCCAUGCUGGUCCUCUUCGCCCAGGACGACAGCCCCACCGCCCCGCUCCCCAACACAGACCCCAGCGGGGCGGUGUUGCCCGUGGUGCCCGUUCCCCGUGGGCGGGGGUCCCGCUCUGCCUGGGCUGCGGAGGAGGAGGAGGAGGAU